UCUUUGACACCCUGUUUCCAUUCUCCUUCUGCCCACUCUGUUGGCAGGAAAGGUGGCAAAACUCUGGUCCACUGUUUGGCAGGUGUGAGUCGGUCAGCAACAAUCUGCAUAGCCUACUUGGUCAAGUACCAGCACAUGACGCUGGAAGAAGCCUACAAACAUGUCAAGAAACGCAGACCUGUCAUCCAUCCCAACCCUGGCUUCUGGAGGCAGCUCAUUGACUACGAACGUCGCCUGCUGGGUCGCAACUCUGUCAAAAUGGUGACAUCGCCGAUUGGCUGGAUCCCUGAUGUUUACCAGCAGGAAACUAAAAAUAUGUUGCGGCUGGGGAAACCUUUAAGAUGA